UAACAGAUGUGGUUCUGUAUUUACCAUUUACUUCUGCAACAAUUUAAGAAUUCUUAAUUUUAAAUACAUUAUUUUAUAAGAAAAAUGUUGGCUUCAACAAAUAAUUCUGUUGUGUCUGCUUCCGGUAUCCCUGACAAAGCAUGGCAACCACAUUUUGUUACACUUGAAACGACAAUGGGGGAAAUAACAAUAGAACUGUAUUGGAAACAUGCACCAAACACCUGCCGUAAUUUUGCUGAGCUAUCACGGCGCGGAUACUAUAAUAAUGUCGUCUUCCACCGCAUUAUCCGCGAUUUCAUGAUUCAAGGCGGUGAUCCCACAGGAACAGGACGUGGUGGCACAUCUAUCUAUGGCAAUGAAUUCCCUGAUGAAAUACAUUCAGAUCUUAAGCAUACUGGCGCAGGAAUAUUAUCAAUGGCUAACUCUGGUCCUGACACGAAUGGCUCACAAUUCUUUAUUACGUUAGCGCCUACACAAUGGCUUGACGGAAAGCAUACAAUAUUUGGACGUGUGUAUUCUGGAAUGCAGGUAGUAAAACGUAUUGGUUUGGCAGAGACUGACAAAAGCGAUCGACCUGUUGAUAGUGUGCGUAUAGUAAAAGCAAAAGUUGAGAAAUAUUAAGUGAAUAGAACUAAUUUAUUGCUAAUUCUUUGUGUAUUUUUCAUACCAAUUACAAUAAUAACACAUACAAUCUAUAA